AUGUCUUAUCGUGUUAAUAAUGCAGAGAUAGAGGGACAGCAUCCACUUCUAAAAGUUACUCCUGUUAGAUUCCUUAGAAUCAGACUUAUUUUAACUGUAAUUGUUUAUAAGAGAAUUUAGAUUAUUAUUUCCAUAAUGACAGGCUGUAUGUUUGCAUUGGCUUUGAGAUGGAGUAAAAAAUUGUAUAACUGGUUUUUAUUUACUCCUUGUAAUGUUGAAGAGACGGGAACACAUUAUAGGGUAGAUACAUAGAAUGGUCAAUAAUUUACAUUAGAAAAACAGUAGAUGAAUGGCAUUUAUUAUUUCACAUUCAGGUAGUAUGAUUUUUGUAUUUAGACUUCUUAAAUAUGCAUUUGAUCCUAAAACUUAAUGUUAUCAACCAAUUGAAUUUGAAACUGAUGGAAAGUUAAUAAAAGAUAUAAUAGCAAAUCGUAAUGUAUUAACUUAAAAUUUAAAAAUACAAUAUUAUGGAAAAUGUCAACUCUAAAUUCCCAUUUAACCCUUACCUGAAUUUUUAUUUGAGCACCUAACCGGUCCAUUUAAUAUUCUCUAAUAUUUUGCAGUUGCUGUAUGGUUUGCUUAAAAUUCAAUAACAUUUCCAAUACUUAUAUUAGCAUUCACUGCAAUCGCAGUUAUAGUCAAUUAUAUCUUAUAUAGAAGAUCAAGAAGUCUUCUAUAAAAAUUAGCUAAUAUUCAUCAGAAUGUAAUUUUGAAGAGUGACACUUUAAAAACUGUAAAUGGAUCUGAAUUACUUCCAGGAGAUUACAUAAUAUUAUAAGAAGGUUAAUAAUUGAAUUGUGAUUGCGCUAUACUUUAAGGAGAUGUUAUGGUAAAUGAAGCAACAUUGACAGGAGAAAAUGUUCCAAUUCCUAAAACAUCCUUACCUGAUCAUUCAGCCAAAUUUAAUUUUGAAACACUAAAUCAACAUUGUUUAUUUGAAGGAACAAAUAUAGUAAAAGUAAAUUCAACAACAGAAAAUGUAGCUAUAGUACUUAGAACUGGAUUUAGUUCUUUAAGAGGAUAAUAUUUUAGAAAUGUUUUAUUUCCAGCACCUCCAUCAUAAAGAUUUUAUAUAUAAGCUGCUAAAUUUAUUUUAUCAUUUGCAACAAUAAUAGCUGUAGUUUAUGGUUUUAUGUUAAUUAAAUAUAUACCAAUGGAAUUUAAAACAAGUUUAUUAGUAUUAAGAUUUCUUGAUAAUAUUGUUUGGUCAAUACCUCCAUCAAUGCCAAUAUUUUUUAAUAUUUGUAAAACAGCUAGUUUAGUUAGACUAAGUUCAAUAGGAAUUAAUGGUAGUAAUGCUGAUAAGAUUGAAUCUGCUGGACGUAUUGAUACUUGUUGUUUUGAUAAAACAGGAACUCUAACUACUUUAGGAUUGAAAGCAAUAAAAGUUUGGACUCAUGAUCAAUCAUUAGUAAUUUAUAUUUAUAUUUUAUAGGAAUAAAUAGCUAAUUAUAUUUUAGCAUGUUGUCAUCAUCUUUUAUUAAUUAAUGGAGAAUUACAAGGUGAUCCUUUAGAAAUAGAAAUGUUAAAUUUUAUUGGUUGGAAAAUUAAUUUUGAAGGCAAAUCUUUCUUUUCAGUUAAAAAAGAUUAAUAAGAAUUUGAAAUUAUUAAGAUCUUUGAUUUUAGUUCAGCAAGAUAAAUGAUGAGUGUCAUAGCAACAGAUGGAACUAAUUUUUAUUUAUUUUCUAAAGGAUCUCCUGAAAUGAUUAAUUAAUAAUCUUAAGAUAAAAAGUAAGUUGUUUUAGAUGAAGUCAAGAAAUAUGCAUCAAAUGGAUUUAGAGUUUUAGGAUUAGGUUAUCGUAAAUUAAAUAACAAUCAAUUAGAUUUACAGAGAGAAGAAUUAGAAACAUAAUUAAAUAUUGUUGGAAUGUUUGUUUUAGAAAAUCCAUUAAAAGAUGAUACUCCUUAAGUUAUAUAAAUUUUAAGAAACAGUGGAUUAGAUAUUAAAGUAAUUUCUGGUGAUAGUCCUUUAACUACUAUAUAUUGUGCUAAAAUAUCUGGAAUAAUUGAUAUUAAUUCUGAAGUUAUCAUUUUAGAUUAUAAUUCAUCCAAAAGAUAAAUAGUCAUAAUAGAUAAUGAUAAUUAAACUAAUUAUGAUGAAAAUGCCAUAGAAAAUUAAAAUGUAAUUGAUGAAGUUAUUCGAAAUCAUAAAAUGACAGCAAUUACUGGAAAAUUCUUGGAAUUUAUUUCUAAAUUUUUAACUAUUGUCAAUCCAAAUAGAGAUACUAGUAUUAGUAUGACUUAAAAUACUUCAUCAAAUCAAAUCUUUACUGAAAAUAAUGCCAUUGAAUAUGAUGAUACAAAAAUGAAAGAAAUAACUAUGAAAUUAAUUUCUAAAACUAGAGUUUUUGCCAGAUAAAAGCCUGAACAAAAAAAAUAAAUUGUUGCAAUGCUCUAAGAAAUGGGAAGAUAAGUCAUGAUGACUGGAGAUGGUGCUAAUGAUUGUGUAAAAUAUUUCAUUAUUUAUUAAUUAGUCUGCUAUUGCUUAGGCAUAAGUUGGAAUCUCAUUUAGUGAAUCUGAUGCUUCUUAUACUGCACCAUUUAGCUCUAAAUCAACUUCAUUAAAAUGUUGUGUUUAAGUCUUAGCAUAAGGAAAAGCAGCCAUAAUGACUAUUAUUGAAGUUUUCUAAUAUCAACUUAGUGUUAAUGGUAUUAAAUUUGCUGCUGUAACUAUUAUGUUUUUAGAAGUAUAAAAUUUUUGUAAGAUUCAAUUUUCUAUUGUUUUAGCUGAAUUUUAAACUGUUUAUGUUGGAUUCAUUUCCAAUAUUCCAUUGUUAAUUUUCCUAUGCAUUUCUUCUCCUGCCACAGAAUUAGCAGAAUACAUACCAUUAGAUGAUCAAUUUUCCUAUUAAAAUUAAAUUCAAAUCUAUACUAACAUUUUCUUUGCUGUUUUAGGGUAUUAAUAUAAUUUCUAUAAUCUAGUUUAUGUAUUAAUUAUGGUAUUCUCAAUACAACAGAUAGAUUCUUUGAAUAUUCUAAACCUAUUGAAAAGUUUUAAAGAGAAGGAUACUUGAAUUCAAUCAUGUUUUUAAGUUUAAUGUAUUACUUCAUGUCUUUUGGAGUAUCAAUAUACAUAUCAAAUCCUUUUAAAGUCAAAUACUAUAAAAAUAUCUUACUAACAUUAUGGACCACUCUUGGUUUUGUUGUUGCAAUAGUAUCAUUUAUAUUCCCUCAAAGAGCUACUUGGUGUGAUGUAAUUGAUAUUAAGGAGGAUACGUAAGAAUUAAUUAUAAUUUUAAUUAAGUUUUGAAGGAUUCAAUUGGGUUGUUUUAACAGUUGUCAUAGUAACAUCUUUUCUUGGAUUCUUUUUUCAAGCCCUUCUUUAAAGAUAUAUACCAUCAAUGUAUAAAAUAACACAUAAAUCAUGA